AUUUCAUUUUUUAAUAUUUUUUUUUUUAUGCAAGGCAAUUCAAUCUUCUGACGUAAAUGUUGACAUAGCUGCCUAGCUACCCAACACGAACUAGGUCAAAACAAACUUUAAAACUAUUUACACAAGCGACAACAGUAGAUAAUUUAUACUGGCUGACGUGUCGCACAGGUAUUUAAUCACAGGACUAAACUGGAGGUCGAUAUAACACAGUGGCCAUGUUGGAUUUUAAGUAAACUGCUCGUGUGAUCCGGCGUCAGAAAUGCAUCCCCGGCGCAGUGCUCAGGAAGUCCUACUGUGUGACCUCUGUGAAACUGUCCCCCUACAGAGUCAUUGUGAACUUUGUAAUAUAAAUUUCUGUGUUAACUGUGUAGGAAAACAUCUCUCAGACUCGUCUAAAAGACACAAAGUUGUGCCCUUUUUACACAGAAAGUCUACUCCUAACUACCCGAAAUGUCCGAAACACGCGGACAAACAUUGUGAACUUUACUGCGAAAAAUGCGACAUUCCUGUCUGUUCUACCUGCAUCACUUCAGGUAAACAUAAAGGUCACGAUAUAUCAGAUGUUCUGGAAAAACUCAGCGCUAAAACAGAAAGCUUAGAAAAAGAUUUAGAGGAACUAGAGAGCAGAAUUUAUCCCCGAUAUGAAGAAAUGGCGUCCGGUGUCCAAACUGAGAAAUCCGAGUUAGAAACGAAUUACGGGAAACUGACAACAGCUGCCGACCAACAAGGAGAAGCCUUACACCGGGAGGUCACCGCCAUUGUCAACCAGCGGAAAUCCGACAUCCAGGAGAUGAAAAACAAACACCUAUCUACCCUGAAUAAAAAUACAGAAGAAAUCACACAGAAAAUGGCGGAACUCGAACAAAUCAUUUCCGACUUGAAAUCAAUCCUAAAAUCAAAAGACGUCUCUCUAACGUCUACUUACAAAUCUAGGAAUGGCGAGUUCCGACAAUUACCUCCGAAAGUCCGAGUCACAUUACCGAGUUUAUCUCCUCAGAAAAUAAACACAGAAAAGCUCCGUGAAAUGUUUGGUUCUCUGUUACCAUUAUCCAUUAACACAGAACAAGGCGACACAAUGAAGUCAGCAGAAGCUGUAUCGUCUCCUCCAGUCAAACCACUGCUUGAUGAGCCGCGCGUCACCGCCACCAUAGACACUGGGUAUGACUAUCUAUACAGUGUUAGCUGUCUGAGUGAAGAUCAAGUCUGGACAUGCGGGGACUAUAACAAAACCAUGAAGCUGCUCAACCUCCAGAGUAAACUACUGACAUCAAUACAAACCAAGUCAGGGGACACACCGCGGGACAUAGCAGUGACACGGGACGGAGAUCUUGUUUAUACUGAUAGUAACAAUAUAAACCUAAUUAAGAAUAAACAGAUACAGACCGUGAUCACACUACAGGGGUGGAGACCUCUCUAUGUCUGCUGUACCGCGGCUAACGAUCUCCUGGUUACCAUGGAGAGUGAUGAUAGAGAACAAUCCAAAGUCGUGCGUUACUCCGGCUCCACAGAGAAACAAAGCAUUCAGUUUGAUGAUCAGGGUCGUCCUCUCUAUUCAUCUGGUGAUGAUAAAUACCUCAGUGAGAACAAGAACCUGGAUAUCUGUGUGGCUGACUGUGGAGCUAGUGCAGUAGUGGUGGUCAAUCAGUCAGGAAAACUCCGAUUUAGAUACACUGGUCAUCCCUCUAAUACCGAGCUAUUAUUUAAACCAUACGGCAUCACUACAGACAGCCAGAGUCACAUCCUGACAGCAGACUAUCACAAUCACUGUAUCCACAUCCUAGAUCAGGACGGACAGUUCCUCCGUUACAUUCACUGUGAUUUAGUCGGUCCAUGUGGUUUAUGUGUGGACAUCAGAGACAACCUCUUUGUGGCUGAGUGUUACACUGCUAAAGUGAGGAAAAUCCAAUAUCUAUAAACACAGCGUUAAUUAUACAGCUCAACAGUGUUAAUUACAUCUACCAACACAGUGUUAAUUACAUCUACCAACACAGUGUUAAUUACAUCAGCUUGUUAAUUACACCAGCUUGUAAAUUACAAUCCUGUGUUAAUUACAUCCCUGUGUUAAUUACAUCCCUGUGUUAAUUACAGCCCUGUGAUUUAUGAUGUGUACUGUACUUGUGUUUGGUGUUUAAGUCUCUCACUGCUGUUUAGUUAUCAUAUCUGUAAUAUCACAAUUAACGAAACACUGUUAAUCUUAGUAUACUAAUUACUAAUUUGACUGUGUUACUAGUUAUCUAUAUACAAUCUUUUGUGGACUAAUUGGACUGUGUUACUAGUUAUCUAUAUACAAUCUUUUGUGGACUAAUUGGACUGUGUUACUAGUUAUCUAUAUACAAUCUUUUGUGGACUAAUUUGACUGUGUUACUAGUUAUCUAUCUCUAUACAAUCUUUUGUGGACUAAUUGGACUGUGUUACUAGUUAUCUAUAUACAAUCUUUUGUGGACUAAUUGGACUGUGUUACUAGUUAUCUAUAUACAAUCUUUUGUGGACUAAUUUGACUGUGUUACUAGUUAUCUAUAUACAAUCUUUUGUGGACUAAUUGGACUGUGUUACUAGUUAUCUAUCUCUAUACAAUCUUUUGUGGACUAAUUGGACUGUGUUACUAGUUAUCUAUAUACAAUCUUUUGUGGACUAAUUGGACUGUGUUACUAGUUAUCUAUAUACAAUCUUUUGUGGACUAAUUUGACUGUGUUACUAGUUAUCUAUAUACAAUCUUUUGUGGACUAAUUGGACUGUGUUCUAGUUAUCUAUCUCUAUACAAUCUUUUGUAGACUAAUUUGACUGUGUUACUAGUUAUCUAUAUACAAUCUUUUGUGGAUUGAUUUGACAGUGUUACUAGUUAUCUAUCUCUAUACAAUCUUUUGUGGACUAAUUUGACUGUGUUACUAGUUAUCUAUAUACAAUCUUUUGUGGACUAAUUGGACUGUGUUACUAGUUAUCUAUUUAUAGACAAUCUUUGGAGGACUAAUUGGACUGUGUUACUAGUUAUCUAUAUACAAUCUUUUGUGGACUAAUUGGACUGUGUUACUAGUUAUCUAUCUAUAUACAAUCUUUUGUGGACUAAUUUGACUGUGUUACUGGUUAUCUAUAUACAAUCUUUUGUGGACUAAUUUGACUGUGUUACUAGUUAUCUCUAUACAAUCUUUUGUGGACUAAUUCGACUGUGUUACUAGUUAUCUAUCUCUAUACAAUCUUUUGUGGACUAAUUUGACUGUGUUACUAGUUAUCUAUAUACAAUCUUUUGUGGACUAAUUAGACUGUGUUACUAGUUAUCUAUAUACAAUUUUUUGUGGACUAAUUUGACUGUGUUACUGUUUGUUAAUCAUAUAUUUCAAUAUGCGUUUUGAUUUUCAAUGUAUAUAUUAGAUAAACAUGACUUAGA